GAGAAAGUUGUCACGUCAGUAGGAGGGAAGUAAACUUGCUUUCUGCUUUGGUUGUGCGACAGACGAGUUACUUUGAUUCUGUUGUUUAUCGGAAACUCAGGUUAGAGAAGUGGGCUGUGGACGUGUGAAGACGUAUGUUUCGCAAAAAAGACAUUACUGGCUUGUGAAGUGUUCUGUGCGUUUCGUCACACUUUGGAGUAAAAGCCACUACCUGACAGGAAGCUUCUACCGCGUGUUUGAAUUCCACAGUUUCAUACUACAUAAAGCCAGGUAUAAGUGGAAAGGAUGCAGGUUAAAUCGUGCGCAGUGGAUUAUUUUGGCAGGGUUCGUGUCCUGGCCCGGUGUGAGGAAAGAAAUUCUCUCUUGUGAAAAGUUUCGAAAUGUCGGAAUGCAUCGGAUUGAAUUAGGCCUACUCACGCCGCAUGCGAAGUGUAGGAGGUUCGUCGAGUUGAAAUCAUGUCGCUGGAAGCAUGAGCUCAGAUGCAGAUUGUCUGCCUACAUGGAGACUCUGGGGAGAGGAGAGAGUGGAUGGCGCUAUCUACACGGUGUACCUCAAGAAGGUGCGCUACCACCGACCCACCAAAAGUGCUUCAUCAGACUCGGACGACGAGAUCUCGCACCUGGAGUGGGAGACGGUGCGCGUGCGCUUCGUCAAGGCGGGCAGCCUGGAGAGGCUGGUGGAGAGCCUGGCCACGGACGACGGCGAGCUCGAGUCCACCUACAUCAACGUGUUCCUCACCACGUACCGCACCUUCGCCUCCGCCAAGCAGGUGCUCACGCUGCUGCUGGACAGGUACGAGCAGCUGUCCAACAAUAAACUGGACCUUCCAGACUCUGUCAUGGAGCAGCACAGAAAUCUGCUGCCCAGGACGCUGGUGCAGGCCCUGUACGUGUGGCUGGACUCGUUCCCCGAGGACUUCCGCGACCCGCCAACGCACCCCGCGCUCCACCGGCUGCUGUACUUCUGCCAGCAGCACCUGCCCGCGUCCGAGCUGGAGGUGAAGGUGCGCCACCGGCUGGACCGCUUCGACCGCGAGGACCAGCUCCUGGACUCGUGCAUGCUGUACCCCGGCUCGACGCUCCGGAUACACGCGGCGACGAUGAACGGCAACAGCCCCCAGCACUACGUGUUCCCGGAGGUGCCCCAGAGGCACUUCGCGGAGCAGCUCACGAGGAUGGACAUGGAGCUGUUCAAGAAGCUGGUCCCGCACCAGUGCCUGGGGGCCGUCUGGUCGCGGAGGGACAAGAACCGCAGCCACGAGGCCGCCACCGUGCUGGCCACGGUGAACCAGUUCAACGCCGUGUCAUUCCGCGUCAUCAGCACGGCGCUGGUGGACCUACACCUGAGGCCGGGCGAGCGGGCGCGCGUCAUCGGCACGUGGAUCGACAUUGCGCAGGAGUUACGAGUGUUGAAAAACUUCUCAUCGUUGAAAGCUAUUAUAUCUGGUCUUCAGUCAAAUCCGGUCUACAGAUUACAGAAGACUUGGCAAGCUCUUCCAAAGGAAAAGGUGGAGCUGUUUGAAGAACUCGCAAGGAUAUUCAGCGAAGAUAACAACCAGUGGGCUCAAAGAGAGCUUCUUAUCCGUGAAGGCACGGCCAAGUUUGCGGACACGGUGGGGGAAAACGAUCGCCAGUUGCAGAAAGUGUUCCAUCGACAAAUGAACAACACUGGGAACAUAAGUUACGGCACAAUACCGUACUUGGGUACAUUUCUCACUGAUCUUACAAUGAUAGACACUGCGAUACCGGACACUGUUGCGGAGGGCCUCAUAAACUUUGACAAGCGGAGGAAAGAAUUUGAAGUUCUUGCACAGAUAAAACUUCUUCAAGGAGCAGCUAAUGCGUACAACAUCCCAGAAGACCUGGCGUUCGAUCGCUGGUUCGACUCGAUCCUCGUCCUGGACGACCAGGAAGCAUACCAGUUGUCGUGUAAAAUCGAAGCGCCCCUCACGAGUCAAUCGUCUGCCGGACAGGGAGGGCUCAGCGCUGGCCGAGACUCGAACAAGACCAAGAAACGUGCACCCCUCGGACACCGUAAAAAUGACUCGAUAGCCAGCACAUCCAGCAGCUCAGGCAGCAUGUUCUUCUGCGACCUCGAGUCUCACCCUUCGUCCAGGCACAACUCCUUGGAUAGGAAGGCGUCUCCGUCGCAGAUGUCCUCCUCGUCCAGCACCUCCUCCCUGCCGUCGCUGGACGUGUCGAUGAGCAGCGGCAACACCAACACGUCGGCCGGGAGGCACAGCAGCAGCACCUGCAGCAGGUCCCAGGCGUCGUCCCAGGCCCUCGGCCCCGCGCAGCCCAAGUCCCACGACUUCUACAUCAUCCGCGUGACCUUGGAGACCAGCUCCGUGGAGACCGACGGUAUAGUUCUCUACAAAAGCAUAAUGCUGAGCAACAACGAGCGGACGCCGCAGGUGAUAAGGAACGCAAUGCUCAAACUCGGGCUUGAAGGGAAUCCCGACUCCUACACACUAGCUCAGGUGCUGCCUGACAAAGAAAUGGUUCUUCCCCCGAAUGCCAACGUGUAUUACGCUGUCAACACUGCGUUCAACUUGAACUUCAUCCUGCGACCAAAGAAGGAGAACGCUGUGGAGCCAGUGCCGCCUUCCCGCUCAAAGCCUGCCAAGAAGAUGUCUAGCUAGUGAUUCGUCGUCAGGUGUUAUUUAUUGUCUCAGUAGUGUUUGUUGUGACUGCGACACGGGACACAUGCAGCACGCGGGGGAAAAGAAAAAACUUCGCCUCCGGUUUGUAGAAGGGGAUGUGUUUCAUGAUACUAGUACUGACUCACGUGAAUGGACGAACCUGAUGUGUCGUUUUCAGUGUCUCCGGAGUUAACUGUUUUGUGAUAUGUUUUGUACUUAAUGUAUCGUCACUGUAGUUGUGUACAAUGUCUACCAAAAGAACGCUACUUACAAUAAUUGUUUGUUGUACAUGUUGUGUUUUGUGUCUAGUGAGUGUAAAAUAUUCAUGUUCAUGUGCUCGUGAUAUUAACAUGUGUUCAGCAUGUAUUCUACAGUGAUAUAAAAAAAUUAUUCUUCAAUGCCAUUUUUUUUUUUACCAAAUCAAAUGUGAGAAAAAUUUGUAUGUAUACGUAAAAAAGGUAAAUGUUCUAAGUCAUUAUUAUUGUACUUACAAUAUUUUUCUAAUUCUCAAAACAUCUAAAAAUAUUGACUGCAGAUAUACUUAAUAUUUGUUUCAAGUACAUUUUUUGAUCUGUAAACAUCUUAGCUCUUGUAUACAGCAUUUGGUUGGAGUUAUUUCGUGAAAUUUUGAACGGAAGUCUAAGAACGGAAAUGUAACGCAAGAUGGCGGACCCACUUGUAGCAACCUAAACCUGUAUAUAGUCACUUUCAUAAACAUUAGGGUACUUACUAAACGUAUUGGUGUGUCGAAUGAAAGUUUAUGAUAGUGAAACUACCCUCGAAUAUAUUUGGUUAACUAAAAUAGUCAUAGUAGAAAGUAAUAUAAAGUUUUUAAAUACAUAAGAAAA